AUGCUUAACAGCCUCUUGCUUAUGAUGUUCAUUAUUCUUUCAACAUUGGUACUGAACGAUAGAUUAAUUGCAUCCGGCGCAGAAAUUAUAAGCAAUGAACAACAAUCAUUAUUUAAUACAGAAAAAAAGUAUAAUAAAGAAACAACAGCACAAAAUGAGGAACUGAUAUCAGCAACAUCUGAAGAAUUUAACAGUACGAUUAAUAAUUCGACUUCUUCCUCAUUACUACAGACAAUGAGGCCAUCGUCAACAUUAUCGUAUGAUAUCGAUAAAAAUGAUCAACAACAAGAAUUAAUUGAAUCAAUAUUAACAGAAAAAACAAUUUUAGCAAGUAAUAAAGAAAAAGUAAUUCAUUCACAAAAUGAAUUAAUUGUUAUACCAGUUAUUAGUGAUGAAAGUGUCAAUGAUUGUACAGAAUGUGAUUUAGAGUAUUGUCUAGAAAAUAUUCGAUAUAAUAAAAAUUGUACAAAAUUAAUUCGUGAUCAAUGUAAUUGUUGUACAGUUUGUUUAAGAAAUAUUAAUGAAACAUGUGGAGGAAAAUUAAAUAUACAUGGUAUCUGUGAUAAUGGACUUGAUUGUGAAAGUAUUAAUAUUAAUAAUAAUGUGAAUAAUAAUAUUAAUAAAAGAUCGAUGGAACAAAUUGGAAAAUGUAUAAAAAGUAUGUAA